AUGUCUGCCGUUGAUUAUCUUCUCCAUGAGUCGGCCACUGGUUUCGCAAUCUUCCAGGUUGUGCACCAAGCUGACACAAUUGGCAAUCGAUUGAAGGAAGUUCAAGAUGCAGGUCAAGAUCUUGCGAAAUUUGGCAAAAUGGUCAAGCUUGUCAAUUUUGCGCCAUACAGAAAUGCUGCUGAGGCGCUCGAAAAUAUUAACAUGAUCUCCGAGGGUGUACUUUCCGAUUACUUGAAGUCGAACUUGGAAUUGAACAUGCCAAAGCCAUCGAAGAAGAAGAAGACUAUUCUCGGUGUUUCCGACAAGACUUUGGCUGGUAGCAUCAAGGAGGAAUUCCCAGGUGUUUCUUGUGAGACUGGUGAAACUUCCGAGGUUGUCGCAGACUUACUCAGAGGAUUGCGAUUGCACGCACCAAAGUUGUUGAAGGGUUUACAAGAGGGUGAUGUCGAGAGAGCUCAAUUGGGUCUUGGACACGCAUAUUCGCGCGCUAAGGUUAAGUUCUCAGUUCAGAAGAACGACAACCACAUUAUUCAAGCUAUCGCUACUUUGGAUCAUCUCGACAAGGCCGUUAACACUUUCUCCAUGCGUGUCCGUGAAUGGUACGGAUGGCACUUCCCAGAACUUGUCCGACUCGUCUCGGAUAACCACACAUAUGCCAAACUUGCUUUGGCAAUUGGUAACAAGAAGAACUUGACCGACGAAAAUUUACACGACAUUGCCGCCCUCGUUGACGAUGAUGGAGAUAAGGCGCAAUCGAUCAUUGAUGCUGCAAAGGUUUCCAUGGGUCAAGAUAUCUCAGUCAAUGAUAUGGAGAAUGUUUCCGCAUUUGCAAACCGUGUCGUCAAGCUCGCCGAAUACAGAAGGUCCCUUUUCCAAUACUUGACAGAUAAAAUGGCAAUUGUUGCACCUAACUUGGCCGCUUUGAUUGGUGAAGUUGUUGCUGCCAGACUUAUCUCUCACGCCGGUUCCCUUACCAACCUUUCCAAAUACCCAGCCUCCACUGUCCAAAUUCUCGGUGCUGAGAAGGCCUUGUUCAGAGCACUCAAGACCAAGGGUAACACACCUAAAUACGGAUUAAUCUACCACUCCAGCUUCAUUGGUCGUGCAGGCGCAAAGAACAAGGGGCGUAUCUCCAGAUUUUUGGCCAACAAGUGCAGUAUUGCAAGCAGAAUCGAUAACUUCUCUGAGGCACCAACAAACAAAUUCGGUGAGGCUUUGAGAGCCCAAGUCGAAGAAAGAUUAGAUUUCUAUGCUACUGGUACCGCACCAACAAAGAACCAAGAUGCCAUGAAAAAAGCAAUGGAUGCUGUUCUCGGUGACAUCAACGUUGAAGACCCAACCGCCGAAGAUACCGAAAUGGCUGACAUCGCCCCAACUUCCGUCUCCAAACAAGAGAAGAAAUCCAAGGACAAGAAAGAGAAGAAGGAAAAGAAAGACAAGAGCGAAAAGAGUGAGAAGAAGGACAAAAAGCGUAAACACAGCGAAGCCAACGGAGAAGAAGAGGGCGAGAAGAAAAAGAAGAAGAAGAGCAAGGCGGAAUAA